UGCCAGCGCCCGUCGAUAUCGAGCACAUUCGCCAGGACAAGGAGUACGUCAAGAGCUACGACUGCUACGGCUGCAUGGGUCUGAUCACGCUAUGCAAUGACAUCUUCCUCGUCCUCAUCACCGAGUGCAUGUCGGUGGGCAAGGUGCUGGAUGCAGAAAUCUUUCGCAUUCGCAACGUCGAGUUUGUCCCCGUGGCGCGCGCGCAGUCCAAAAACCCCAGCGGGCAGUACGUCAACCCGACCGUGGCAGAGCUCGCCGUCAUUAGCGAGUUGCUGCAAGAGCAGAUUGUUGAGACGCGCAAGCUCGUCACCGGCGGAAGCUUUUACUUUGCCUUUGGCUACGAGCUGUCCCUGUCGGCACAGCGCCAGAGCGCAGGCGACAUGCCCGACGAUCGCUUUGUGUGGAACCGUCACCUCCAACAACCCUUUGAACAGAACGGCAUUGAAACCUAUCCAUGGUGCCUGUCCGUCACGCGCGGCUUUGUCGAAUUCCGAACCGUGUAUGCGGGUGCCGAGCAGAUUCGCGUCGCCGUCAUCUCGCGCCUGAGCUGCGAGCGUGCUGGCAAGCGCUUCCUCACCCGCGGCGUCGACGACGAUGGCAACGUGGCCAACUUUGCCGAGACGGAGCAACUGCUCAUCCGUGGCGACAAGAUUCUCUCGCACAUCCAGAUCCGCGGCUCCGUGCCCGUCUUUUGGGAGCAGCCCGGCGUUCAGGUCGGCUCGCACAAGGUCCGCCUGUCGCGCGGCUUUGAGGCCACCGCGCCCGCGUUCUCCCGACACAUUGAACGGCAGCUCGACAUUUACCAACGCAUGUGGCUUGUCAACUUGCUCGGAUCCAAAGAGGGCGAGAAGCUGCUCACCGACACGUACGAAAGCCACGUCCGCGCGCUCGAGUCUCAUGACGGCUCCACUUCGCGUUGCCCGCUGAUCUCGUUCGACUUCCACGCCAUUUGCUACGACGGCAACGUUGCACGGCUCGGUCCGCUGCUCGAGACCAUCCGCAGCGGUAUCGAGGGCUAUGGCUUUUUCGAGGCCAGCUUUGCCCAGCGCGGACCGGGCAUUGUCUUUAACAAUGUCGUGUCCACCCAGAGUGGUGUCGUUCGCACCAACUGCCUUGACUGUCUCGAUCGCACGAACGUGCUGCAGGCCACCAUUGCCAUGCGCGUCCUCCAGCUCCAGCUCUCCCGCGUUGCACUCGACUCGUUGUGGUCGCGCUUUGACGAUGCUGGUCGUGGAUUGUGGAUUAAGAAUGGCGACGCCAUUUCGCACUGCUAUGCAGGCACCGGCGCGCUCAAGUCCGACAUUGCCAAGACGGGCAAGCGCACGGCCAUGGGCAAGAUGCGCGAUCUGCAAAAGUCCGUCUCCCGCGCAGUGCAAAACAACUUUUUGGACGGCUCCCAACAAGAUGCCAUCGACCUAUUCCUGGGCAACCGCACGGAUCGACUCUUGGCAGACGCCGGACACGGCACCGACCCGACCCAGCGCAAGCUGGUUGAAAUGAUGCGAGGCCGCGAGCACGAGUUUACGACGUACCAACGUGGUCGUGUUUUCUUGGGAACGUGGAAUGUCAACGGCGGCAAACGUGCUGGCGAAGAGGCGCUCCACUCGUGGCUCAUUGUUCCGCCCGGCGAGAUGCCACCAGACGUCUACGCCGUCGGUUUCCAGGAAAUUGUCGAUCUCACAGCUGGCAACAUUAUGAAUGCGGACGACUCGCACCGCACCGCGUGGGAAAAGGCCAUCAAGGACACGAUCAACUCGUCCGUCUUCCCGAACGGCCAGCCAGCUUCGUACGCGCUGGUCGUCUCGCAGCAGCUGGUCGGUGUGUGUCUUUGCAUUUUUGUUCGCUCCGACUCGAUCAGCCACGUACGCGACGUCGUCAUCGGCAAGCACAAGACGGGCUUUGGCGGCUACGCCGGCAACAAGGGCGCGGUUGCCAUUCGCUUCCGCAUGUACUCGACCUCCAUUUGCUUUGUGUGCGCCCACCUUGCUGCAGGCCAGUCGAACGUGACUGAGCGCAAUUCGGAUUAUGCCGACAUCAUGUCGCGCAUGUCGUUCGGCAAGGGCCGUGUCAUCAACAACCACGACAUUGUCUUUUGGAUUGGCGACUUCAACUAUCGCAUCGACCUGCCAAAAGAAGAGGUGGAAGGAUGCGUCAAGAAUGGCGAUUUGGCCACCCUCUACGAGGCCGACCAGCUGCGCAUUCAGCGCGAGAAUGGCGCUGUCUUUGCGGGCUUUGUCGAGGCCCCCAUCAUCUUCGUUCCGACCUACAAGUACGAUCUCUACAGCGACGUUUUCGACACGAGCGAGAAGGCCCGUGCUCCGGCGUGGUGCGAUCGCGUCCUUUGGCGAGGCGAGAACGUCGACGUGCUCACCUACAACCGCGCAGAGCUGAAGAGCUCCGACCACCGUCCUGUCUAUGCCACGUUCGAUCUUACGCUCAAGCAGUUCAACGAGCAGGCCAAGAAGCGCUUGCGCACAGAGUUGCUCAAGACGAUCGGUGUGACGGACGUGAUUCUUGCAGUCUGGCCCAUCGACCCUUCGUUGGGCGAGGAGGACGUUGCUGCCCUGUUUGCCCCGUACGGUAACAUUAUUGCCGCGCAAGUAACAGACUCUGUGGCGUAUGUCUCGUUCAGCGAUCCUGACGCUGCCCAGCGUGCGUUGGCGGUCGAUCGUCAAACCAUUGCUGGACGAGAAGUCCGUGUGGCGUUCAAGUCGUCGCAUGUCGCCAGCAAGCACCGCCCCGCCAAAUCUGACGCCGUCGUGGGCUCGUCCUCAUCGCGAAAUUCGCUCACCUCGACCAUGUCGAGAGAAUCGGCCCUGCUGGCCUUUGACGAUGACAUGGACGAUGCCUCCCAUGAUUACCUUCAGAUUACCGAUCUUAACAAGGAAGCCGACAGUCCUCAGCCUGGCGAUGAGCCUGGUCUUGCAACGCAAGGAGCACACUCGGACUUGGCCAGCUUCUCGCAGAGCUCUGCGCAAGCGCGCCCUUCCAGCGGCUCGGCUCGCCCCACGCCCGUCGUGCCUGCCCGCCCGGCCUCUCAAGCCUCUGGAGCCGCUCCGCCUGCGCGCCCCGCUCCUCCAAAGCGUCCUCCGGCUCCCACUGCCGCUUCCUCGACGAGUGCUGCACCUGCCGCUGCUCAUGCUGCUGCUGCUGCUGCUGCUGCUGCUCCGCCAAAGCGCCCUCAGCCAGCCAUGCCUCCUCGGCCACAAUCAGUAGCGUCGACCGCUGCUGCUCCGCAGUCCUACCAGGCGCCCGCACCUGCUGCUGCUGCUUCCUUGAUUGACUGGGACUCUGAAGUUGUGGCUCCCCACGUCCCGGCCGCUGAGCCUGCGGUGCCCGCUUUGUCAAACAGCUUUGCUGCCAUGCAACUGCCCCAGUCCCAAGCCCAACCCCAAGGCUGGGCUUCCCUCGGGCUUGACAACUUUGCGCCAAAUGCCAAUCAAUCGUAA